AUGUCUAAAACUACAAUUUUCUUAACAUUUUUGGCAAUUUUUAUUGUCAUCGUCAACAUUCAAGGCAACAUUUUGUCAUUCAUGCCCUUGGACGACGACUUGGCGCAUUCCUUUCAAGUCGAAUGGGAAGACAAAGCGUUCAUUUCACCCGGAGGUCGUUCCAUGUCGCGAUUUUUCCAUGGAGACAUGACUGUUCAAAAGUCCGGAGAUCAUCAUUUGUUGGUACAAUUCCAAAAUGUCAACACGGAUGGCUUCAAAAUCAACGUCGCCGACUUUCAACGACAUCCGUUCAAGCUUAAAGUUGAAAAUCAUAGCAUUACUGAACUGGUUACAGGCGAAAAUUGGUCCGUUUUUGAUGUCAACCUCAAACGAGAAAUCAUGAAUCGCUUUGUUUCGGAUUUUGACAACUUGACACGACUCAUCGACAGCAAAAAUUGGAACGAGCAACGUUUAUUCGAGCUUCCUCUUGGCAUUUGUGAAGCUGAUGUCAAAAUUUCCCUCUUGGAAAAGGAAAUAAAAAUUUUUGCGAACGCCGUGAAGAGUCACUGCAACGUUACGGAGGUAAUUAAGGAGCUCCCGCCAGGUUUUGACAUCAAUCGAGCGUUAUCUGAAGACAGCGAAGGCGGAGUUCGUCUCACCGUGGAUCGUGUCACGAAGAAAUUCAAGGAAUUGGAGAUCAUGGCAGACAUGGAACUGUAUUUGGAGUUCAAAAAAUCUCGUUAUACCGUCAAAUCGCGCAAUACUUUUGAAUAUUUGGGAAGUCAGGAGGCGAAAAAUGUCGAUUUUGGCGCAGAAUUCGUGCAUAACGCUGAAAAACUUGACAGUUAUAAGAAAUUAGCAUAA